CCUUUCUGUGUGAUUUUUCUUAGUCAUUCUUUUAGUAUUGGUUUAUGUUGCUUGGUUGAUUUGAGCCUAUGCGGCUUUGGACCUUUCGGGAGGCUUGGUCCGGCUUUUGUAUUUGUUUGUUUUGCAGGUGAGCUGCUUAACUGGUUUCUCCUUCAAAUUUCAAUUACCUGCAGAUUUUAAUGUCGGAUGGGUUUAUCCUUUUUAUUCAUAAUUUUAUUCUUGUUGUGACUGCGCUGGUUUUCGGUGAGUUUUAUUUAUUGGACUAGUAAAGCAUUAGAUAUUUUGUUGUUGGCUUUUGUCCGUUGCUCCUUUUUGUUUGUUAUUUACAGGGCCAAGAAAGGUUUGUGCGUACGGAUCCAGAUGCAUCCAUUCAGAUCGUGAUAAAGCUGCUUGUCUCUUUAUUCUUAGGAACUAAUAGAGCUGCC